AUGACGGUAUCUCAAAAGAUCCUCGUCAUCGGUGCUGGGGAGUUGGGUUCCCAAGUGCUGCGUGCUUUGGUUGCGCAUCCUCGCCGCCCCGCCACAAUCGCGGUUUUGAUGCGGCCUGGCACCAUCGACUCUUCCAGUCCAUCCAAACAAAAGGAAAAGACCACGCUCCAGGGGCUAGGCAUAGAUAUCGUCCCUGGGGAUAUUGUUGAGAAUUCUGAACGAACACUCGCAUCGAUAUUUGCAAAUUAUGAAAUCGUGAUCGGAUGCAUGGGCUUCGUCUCAGGCACCGGUGUCCAACUCAAGAUUACUCGUGCCGCUCUCGCUGCCGAAACACCACGGUUUAUCCCAUGGCAGUUUGGGGUGGAUUACGAUGUCAUUGGACGAGGAUCCCCUCAGGACCUCUUCGACGAGCAACUCGAUGUGCGUGAUCUUUUACGGUCGCAGGCCAAGACUCGAUGGGCAAUUGUUUCCACAGGAAUGUUCACGAGUUUUCUUUUUGAUCCUUCUUUCGGGGUAGUCGACCUUGAGAACGCCUGUGUCAACGCAUUAGGAGGCUUGGAGAAUCAAGUCACUAUCACGACCGCGCAAGAUAUUGGACUGGUCACGGCAGAAAUUGUGCUGGGAAUUGAGGAUUCAUUCAAAAAUGAGCCUAUCUUCAUUGGAGGGGAUACCAUCAGUUAUGAACAACUUGCCCAGCUCAUUGAAAGAGUCACUGGAAAACCCAUCGCCAGAAAUGUGUUGACCAUGGAGAAAAUGCAGGCUGCGUUGGCCUCUGACCCUCACAACGCAAUGCUCAAGUACCAGGCGGUAUUUGGGCAGGGCCACGGUGUUGCGUGGGAGUUGACGGGUACAUGGAAUCAGCAACGGGGUAUAAAAGCCGAGACAGCGGAAGAGUGGGCGAAGAAGAACUGGGUAGGGGGCAAGUUUUGA